GCUUUGCAUUGCAAUGGACUCCAGUCUCUAUUACCUUUAUGUGCUACGUCCCGUUCUGAUCCUGAAUCUGAUUGGUAUCAUGCUUCUAACGACCUUUCAACUCCACCAGAAUUACCUAAGCGAAAGGGUCAACGAACUCUUGCCGACUUCUCUGAUACACUUGGCGCUGAAUCCGACAGUGGUAUUCGGGAGGCACAUGUUGAGGCCAUACUUGGCGUCAAUGAUGGUUGGUACAGAUUUUUUUAA